AUGACUGAUCUAUUACAUCCAAGUAAUGGGGAUGCGUCGACAUUCCAUGAAUAUCCUCAUGAUAAAGACUUUGAACUGAAUGGAGAAGAUGCUUUAGCUCAGUUUGAGGACGACGGAGGCAACGCUGCAGAGCUAGUGAACAUUCUCCCUAGCCAUGCCUGUUCGUAUUGUGGUAUCCACUCCCCAAAUUGUGUGGUCAAGUGUAACACCUGUAACAAAUGGUUUUGUAAUUCCAAGAAUGGAAACAACAACGGUGGGUCUCAUAUAGUAACCCAUUUAGUGAAGGCCAGACACAAUGUUGUCUCACUUCAUGAAGACUCUGAUCUAGGUGAUACCACCUUGGAAUGCUACAACUGUGGGAAUCAAAAUGUGUUCAUAUUAGGAUUCGUCAGUGCGAAGCAAGAGUCUAUUGUUGUGAUCUUGUGUAGAUUACCUUGUGCCCAACUGAAAGACGUCAACUGGGACACUUCUAACUGGCAAUCACUUAUCGAAGAAAGACAAUUUUUACCCUGGGUAGCAAAUAACAUUCCUCCAGAAGAAGAGCAAGUUAACGCCAAAGUAGUAACUUAUCAGCAAAUUAUCAAAUUGGAAAACCAAUGGAGAUUGAAUAAGCAAACGACAAUCGAAGAUGUGAAGCCUGAAGAUGGUGCCAACGGAGGAAUAGAUGAAGAAGACGAGGAAAUACUACCUAUCCUUAUGAGAUAUAAUGAUGCCUAUCAGUACCAACGAUCAUUUGGUCCAUUAAUAAAGCUUGAAAGUGAUUAUGAUAAGAACUUGAAAGAAUCUCAAGCAUGUGAGCACAUCCUGGUGACAUGGGAGGUAGGUGCAAAUAAUAGACAUUUGGCGAGCUUCACCUUGUCUACUUUCGAGAGUAAAGGUUUGAAAGUGGCCACUGGUGAUAAGAUAAUCUUACGUCAUCAGCUGAUAUAUCACGAUCCAUGGGAAGGUAGUGGAUAUAUUGUCAGACUACCAAACAAAUUCCAGGAAACUUUUGUGUUGGAGCUCAUUCCAACAAAGGGCUCGGUGAGUCUGGUUCAACCUCCUAUCCACUUAACUACUGACUUCACUGCAGAGUUUGUAUGGAAAGGUACUUCCUAUGACAGAAUGCAAGAUGCCUUGAGAUUAUUUGCAUUGGAUCAGAAAUCCGUCAGUGGAUACAUAUAUCACAAGUUGCUAGGACAUGAUGUUGAACCUGUGGAGUUUGAUAUUGAAUUGCCGAAAAAAUUCAGUCAUCCAAAAUUAGGUGAAUUGAAUAAUUCACAGACUAAUGCGGUUAGGACUGUUUUACAAAGACCCUUAUCCUUGAUUCAGGGUCCUCCAGGAACUGGGAAAACAGUUACGUCAGCAAUAAUUGUUUACCAUCUUUCUAAAUUGAAUGCCAGUGCUAGUAGUGAAGGUACUAAACAAAGUAACAAUAAAAAUGGUAAGGUGCUAGUGUGUGCACCUUCGAAUGUUGCAGUAGAUCAUCUUGCUGCUAAAUUGGAUUUAUUGGGCCUCAAAGUUGUGAGAUUGACUGCCAAAUCAAGAGAAGAUGUGGAACUGUCUGUUCUGCAUUUGGCACUUCACAAUAUUGUUCAGCAAAAAGCUAAGGGGAAGCUCAAGAGGCUUCUCAAGCUUCGUGAUGACUUGGGUGUCUUAAAUGACAAAAACUAUUCAUCCCUUUUCAAGGCUGUGAAAACUGCAGAAAUGAAUGCUAUCAAUGACUGUGAUGUCAUUUGCUGUACAUGUGUUGGGGCAGGUGAUAAAAGAUUAAGCAAUAUGAAAUUUAGAGCUGUUUUGAUCGAUGAAUCUACUCAAGCUUGUGAGCCAGAGCUAUUGAUUCCUAUCACCAAGGGUGCUAAACAAGUUAUUCUCGUUGGUGAUCAUCAACAGCUUGGUCCAGUUAUUUUAGAGAAGAAGGCUAGUGAUGCGGGGCUCAAGCAAUCUCUUUUUGAAAGACUUGUGGUACUUGGUCAUGUGCCUAUCCGUUUAGAAGUUCAAUAUAGAAUGAAUCCCUGUUUGUCUGAAUUUCCUUCAAAUAUGUUUUAUGAAGGUUCUCUCCAAAAUGGUGUUACCAGCGAUCAAAGAUUAAUAGAAGGUAUGACUUUCCCAUGGCCCGUAAUGAGCAAUCCAAUGAUGUUUUGGGGUAAUUACGGUAGAGAAGAAAUCAGUAGUAGUGGUAACUCCUUUUUAAACAGAGUUGAAGCGAUGAAUGUUGAAAAGAUUAUCACCAAACUUUUCAAGGAUGGAAUUUCUCCUGAACAGAUUGGUGUCAUCACUCCAUAUGAAGGUCAAAGAGCUUACAUUGUUCAGUACAUGUCGAUGAAUUCCACUUUGGCCGAUAGAAGACAACAAUACUUGGAAGUUGAAGUCACUAGUGUUGAUGCCUUUCAGGGUAGGGAAAAGGACUUCAUCAUACUAUCAUGUGUUAGAGCAAACGAUCAGCAAGUUAUUGGGUUUUUGAGUGACCCCAGAAGAUUGAAUGUUGCCCUUACAAGAGCUAAGUAUGGUUUGGUCAUUUUAGGAAAUCCAAAAGCCUUAAGUAGAAAUGCUCUUUGGAAUCAUUUGUUAAUUCAUUUCAGAGAAAAGGGAUGUCUUGUGGAUGGCCCAUUGGAUAAUUUACAGUUACUGAUGGUUCAAUUAAACUCGAUCAAACGUCCUGCUAAUAGCUCUGGCCCCAUGGGCCAUGGGUCCAAUGCUUACGAAAAUAAUCAUUCCAAAAGAAGAGAUUUCGAUGUUCAAAGUGUUGUUUCUUAUGCCACGGCCAUUCCUAAUCACGAUUCUGGAGCAUCCCAGGCUAAUAUUGACCCUACCAUUUGGCCAACACUUGGUGGAAAAGAAAAUGUUUAUGGAGGAGGAAAUCAGAUAAAUUCUAAUUUCGCCCAACUGCUUAACAAACUCAACACUGACUAUGAUAAUCAAAAUCAAAAUCAAGCUCUUGAUGAAAAGUUUUUAAGUAUUACAAAUGCCUUCGCAUCUGGACUUAAUUUCGAAUAA